AUGGAUCGAGCCCUACCUAACCAGUCUUUGGCCGAAAGUGCCCCCGGCCGGGAUGUUGUUCCAGGGACAGAGAUCAUGCUCAGUCCUAAUAGCGCCCACGAGGGCAGUGCAGACAUCGUACUUUCUCCGCAGCCCUCAAAAGACCCGAGAGACCCUUUGAACUGGUGCCGACGUUGGAAAUAUGGUGUAAUAAUCACCCAGUUCCUAUUCCUCUUCGUUGCCGUCGAGUCCGCUUUGUCCAUGGGACCAAUGUUCCCUCUCUUCGCGGAGGAAUUCUCUCUGGGUGAAACCGAGCAAAGCCUCCUGACUGGCGUGUGCGUUCUUGCCUUGGGCUUUUCAAACUUCAUCAUCGUCCCAUGUUCGAAUAUCCUGGGCCGGCGUAUUACUAGCCUUGUUCUAUGUCUUCUAGGCGCUGGCACAUGUAUCUGGCAAGCCCUGGCAUCGACGUAUUCCUCGUUGCUAGCGGCCCGCGUCAUUAACGGCGUUGCAACAGCAACAAGUGAAACACUGCUGGUCCAGGUAGUCUCCGAUAUGUUCUUCCUUCACGAGCGUGGCCUGUGGACAGGAGUUUACUUCAUGGGGUAUUUCCUUGGGCUAUUUAUUGGGCCCGUGAUAUCGGGAAACAUUGCAGAACGAUUCGGCUGGAGAAGCUUCUUCUGGCUCUCGCUAGCGAUGACGCUGUUCAACUUCGUUACACUGUUGCUUUUCUUCCCAGAAACCAAGUUCCAGCGUCCUGGCCAUACGCGGUCUGAGUUGUCUUACCCAGCGACAACGUCCCCCGAGGAAGCAACCGAAUGCAAGUUGGAUUGUGAAGAACUCGAGGGGAACAAUGUCACAAGUCCACCCAUGGCUAGUCGUGGUCGGCCUUCUGCUGCCCAGUUCAGACUCUGGCAGAAUCCUGAUCCACAGUGGAAGGAAUUCAUCGUUCGCGACGUCUUUACCCCGAUGUAUGUCUUUAUUUUCCCGAUCAUCUUCUGGGCUGGUCUCAAUGUAGCGGGCCCCGCCAAUGUCCUCCUCUACUGGAACCUGACCCAGUCUCCUGUACUGAGCGCACCCCCAUAUAACUUCACCCCCUCUGCAGUGGGCUAUUCGAACUUCGCCUUUGUUGUUGGAGGCCUUAUUGGACUGGCAACUGCCGGUCCGCUCUCUGACUGGGCUGCCAUCCAGGCCACCAACCGCAACAAUGGCAUUCGUGAGGCGGAGAUGCGGUUGCCGGCGCUGAUUCCUUUCUUCAUCACCACUGUUGUCGGGAUUGUGAUUGGCGGCGUUGGAUAUGACCGUCAGUGGGACUGGCCUGUUGUUCUUGUUGUAGGCUAUGGCCUAUCGGGCCUGUGUGUCACCGCAGUGCCCACCAUCGCUAUCGCAUACGCAAUCGACUGCUAUCGACCUAUUUCAGGAGAAAUCAUGGUGGUGGCGACGGUAAUCAAAAAUACCUGCGGCUUCGCGAUGAGCUACUGGGUGUCUCCUCUAGCGGCACGCGAGGGCUGGAUAUCACCGACCAUGGUGGAAUUCUCGCUGACCGUCGGACCAAUGCUGCUAGGAAUUCCGGUUUAUAUCUUUGGCAAGUCACUUCGACGCCGAACUCGCAAUUCCAAAGUGCAUUUGUAUAACGGAUGA